AUGUAUGGUAUCUACUUCCAUAAUUUAUYUGCYCAUGSAGRACUUAUGCUGAGACUAAUUUCUGGACUUGCAACCAAUGCUGAAGAACAAGAGAGAGUGUUCAACUCAAUCAAGAGAAUCACCAAGCMGACMAGUAAUUACAAUCCAGMACAAAUCCUAACAAWUCUACUAGUUMRUCUCCAAKCUGAAAAGGAGAUGGGAUUACAAGAAGAUGAUGUAUGCAGACAACAGUCCCAAGUAAAUAAGCUUGUCAAAUCCUUGCCUCAACAUGUAAAUACAUGUAUUCMCAAAGCCAUCAUUAAGAAGCAUAGAAGAGAAUGGCAAGCCCACCUCCAGCAAAUAAGGGAUCUUCUGAUUGAAGGACGUGUUUGGUGGACCCAGAAUGAUGACUUUGUGGAAUUUCAAGAUGUYAGUCGGCAACCUUCCUCAAGAACAGCAGCUCAUUUUUAUAUCCAAUUUUAUUACUUUUUAAAAGGUUACAAUGACGAAAUAUAUCUAGAUAGAUGGGAAGAAAGACAUGUGAAGUUAUUAAUAUGUUGUUGGAAGAGMAACAAGACUCUAUUUGGCAAUGGCAAAACAACAAAAAAGGAAGUCUUCCAGAAAAUUGYCUCCGAGUUCAACAGCAAGUCAGACAUAAAAGUAUCAGGGGACCAAUGCUUCCGAAAAUGGAAUAAACUUACAGCCAAACACAAAGAAGUUGCAGACCACAAUAGCAAGAGUGGAAACAACAUUCAGAAAUGGAARUUUCACAACGAAAUGGAUGAAUGCAUUGGGUCAAAUGCAAGCGUCAAACCCACCUUCACUCUGGAAUCAUCUSCAGACAUCCAAGAAAAUGAGCUAGAUGAAGAAAGCGACAGCUCUGAUGGUGAAAACAGUCUUACACCAAAAAAGAAGACACCAAAGAAGAGACCAGCAAAGAAGCGCAAAAGCAAAUCUUCUGCAGCUGAGAUGCUCGAGUUCCUUAAAGAAUACCAAGAGCAAAAAGAAGAGACCGAAAACAAAAAAAUCAAGAUCAUGAAGGAGAUGAAUGAAGAGAAGAAGGAGUUUUGGAAUAGCUUGUUGGAUGUUAUGAAGUCAGCAAAGAAAAGAUAAAGGAAUU